GCGGGCCAGCUCAGGCUUAUGAAUGCAGCCGGGCAAAGAAACCACACAUCCGCGGCAUUUCCGAAAAGAUGCCCCGUCUUUUAACUUUUUAACAAUCUUUCCCCCAGCGCCCUUUUUGAGCCUGCGAGGAUACUGUAAUGGUUUCGGAGAAUGGAAACGGACGACGUGUCGGUUAGAGAGCAACUUUUCCACAACCGUGUCCGGGAGACCAUUAUCUGCGUGCUCCUGUUUACAUGCCUUUACAUAGUGUCCUACCUCAUACUUACCCACUUCAAGAAGACUGCAGAGUUUGUCACAGAUGAUAUAGAAGAUGCCACUGUCAACAAAAUUGCGCUGUGGUUGUGUACGUUCACCCUGUCUGUUGCGGUGUGUGCUGUACUCCUCCUCCCCAUCUCCAUUUUGUCCAACGAGGUGCUGCUCACCUUCCCACAGAGCUACUACAUGCAGUGGCUCAAUGGAUCUCUUAUCCACGGCUUGUGGAACCUAGUUUUCCUUUUCUCCAAUUUGUCCCUGGUGUUCCUCAUGCCCUUUGCCUACUUCUUCACAGAGUCUGAGGGGUUUGCAGGGUCCAAAAAGGGGGUGAUGGCACGGGUGUAUGAAGCAGUUGUGCUGCUGUUGCUGCUGGCUCUGCUUGUGCUGGGCAUUGUGUGGGUGGCAUCAGCCCUCCUCCAUGACAACAUAGCCAGGAAGAGCCUUUAUGACCUGUGGGAGUAUUACCUUCCCUACCUGUACUCAGGCAUCUCUCUGUUUGGAGUAUUGCUGCUUUUGUUGUGCACUCCUUUUGGGUUGUCCCGAAUGUUCAGUGUAACUGGCAGCCUCCUGGUCAAACCAAGGCUGUUGGAAGAUGUAGAAGAUACACUGAGCUGCACCUCGUUUGAGGAAGACUCGCUCUCCAGGAAACUGAACUGUGGCAGUACGUCAUGCUGGGUCAAGCUGAACAUGGAAGCGAUGAAAAAAGAGUACCAAACAGUCCGGAACAAGCGCAUCGCCCUGGAGAUGCGUAGGAAAGCGUCCCCAUGGCAGCGAAACUUGGGCUAUCCACUGGCCAUGCUUGGGCUCCUCGCACUGACGGUGAUGUGUGUGCUGAUGGUCUGUGUCAAUGUGCUGGAGCUUCUCCUGGAUGAGACAGCUAUGCCCAGAGGAAUGGAGGACCCUCACCUGGGAAUGGCCUCCUUCUCUAUGUUCGGCUCACUGGGCGCUGCAGUUCAAGUAGUCCUUAUCCUCUAUCUAAUGGUAUCCUCAGUGGUGGGAUUCUAUAGUUCUCCUCUCUUCACUAGCCUCCUGCCUCGUGCACAGGACACUAACCUCACACAGAUCAUUGCAAACUGUGUUUCACUGCUCAUCCUGAGUUCUGCUCUGCCAGUCUUUUCACGCACACUUGGAAUCACCCGCUUUGAUCUGCUGGGAGACUUUGGUCGGUAUAACUGGCUCGGGAACUUCUACACUGUCUUCUUGUACAACAUGUUGUUUGCUGGUCUGACCUCUGCCUCCCUGAUCAAGACGGUCACCUGGGCAGUUCAGAGAGAGCUCAUCCGUGCCUUUGGUCUUCACAGACUGCCUUUAACUGUGUCACGCUCCACUGUCCCCUUCAGACUCCUCCUGGCCAGUGGACUCUCUAAAAUCCAGUGACUUCUCCUCCUCACCACUGCCUUUGCUAACCUUAAGAAACUGAGCCACUUCAAAUGCUCACCUAUUGGAUUAAACUCAUUUUCAGUUCAGUCCUUUUGCCAGUUGGUACAUAGGUCAGGACGGGAAAAGGCGACAGUUCUGUCUGCGUCUGUCCAGAAGGAGCUCUCCUUAAAGCUGUGUUUAAUGACCAAUUUAUCAGGGUCCAAAUGUGUGCAGUUAUCUGACUGCGAGGACAAGAACUGGUGCAAGCUGUUAGCUCAGUCUUGGCUAUGACUGGAACAAGGGGAAAAGGAUUACAGCCAUAUUGGCAGUCCUGCUGUAGUGGAGAAUAACAGAGCAAUCCCCUCCACAAACCUGAUGCCUUACGAAAGGAGGAUUCAUUGGACGGCCGUUGCUCUUUUGACACAUGUGAAAGUCAGCAGAGUUAUUUUGAAAUAUUACAUUGUCGUUGUGACAUAAUUUCCUCUUCCUGCUUCAGGUCGAUUGAGUGCUCUUUCGUUCUUCGUGGCUUCCCCACGCUUUCCUCUCUUAGGUUGUACCACUAUUUUAAGAUUGGGAAUCUUACUUCCAUGUGUUUGGUGACCCAAUCUGCGCCAGUGUUAUGUUAGUAAAUGAGAGGAAGUUGUUAUUGGGCACAAAUAGGACACAGAGUACCUUGUCUAUCUGUGGAUCCACAGGUUACACAGGGAAUGUGAGAAUGAGGUAGUGCUCUCAGUGUCUGAGCUCUUUUACAAACCCAGCUUACUAAUACGAUUAAGAGCAUCUUCUGUGAUGAUUUAUUAUCAAAGAGGGUUUUUAUUUUUUGAAGAUAAACGUGAGCUUACUGAGUCAGAGGACGAGUCUACGAUUUACAAAAACACACUAAAAAGAAAGCUUUACUUUGUCUUAUGCAAGACCUUUGAAUGCCAUGUGACACUCACGAGGAGAAACUUCUGCCUUAGUCCAAUCAAACUGUGAGUAAUUAAGAACGUGUGGGGAAGUGCAAUAUUUUACAAGUUAAAAAAAGCACACUUUUUAACUUAACCAAAAGUAAUUUCUUAAUUUUCUGUAUGCUUUUUAUUUCCUGUGAAGUGUUAUUUUUUUCAUCUCAUUCUUCUGAAUUUGACAUCAGGUGAAAGCUUAGAAUAGUUUCAGAAUAUUUUCAGAUAACAAAUGUGACUAUCAAUCCCUGCAAUCCUUUCUGGUGUCAGUUUUUAUAUUUUGAUAAACUAAAUUCUGUUAUGUCAAUCAGAUGUAUCUCAUCAUACUCAAUGUGUUGGUGAUCCCGUGUCACCGUUUGCCAUUGCUGCUGUAUCAGCAGGUUAAUAGCUGUUGGUUUGACCAGCAGGGGACAGUGUCUCUCAAACCCAACAUCAGCCGCAGUAUUGUGUGAGCUUCUCUCUCUCUGGUUGGUUAUUAUAUGUUAUAUACGGAGCACUCUGAGGUUUACUCAUUUCACUUUUUCUGGGAAUAUUCUUUUGGUUUUUGGGAACACAAAGUUUAUAAUGUGCUGUUUUUAUAAUUAUUUAUGGGCAUUUUGGGAUCUUCACGUGUUGAGUCACUACUCCCAUUUUAACAGGUGUCAAAAAUGUUGAAUGUGAUACAGUUGAGACAAAAAAAUCUUUAGAGUUGUUCUCAAAGAUGAAAAAAAGUGUUUACUGUUUACUUUUGAAAUGCUCUGAUGUUUCAGAUUUUCUUAAAACUGAAUAUUUAACCAUUGUUUUAUGAGCAGAAAGCAAUAAAAAUG